AUGCAGGGGGAUGAGUCUCAAGUUAUUUCAACCGGAGCAGGUUCGGACGAUGGUGUUCGGCGGUUUCGCAGCCCUGGAACGUUUGAUCCUGACAAGGAAGAUUGGAACCUCUAUGAGAUCAGGUUUCUAGCGGCUAUACGUGUGGCAAGAGUCACGGACGAUGCGGACAAGAGUGGACUUCUAAUUUCGUCGCUGAGUCCGGCAGUCUUCAAGCGGCUCUAUAACCUGCUGCAACCGAGGAACAUCAUGGAGGUACCUUUCAAGGAUCUUACUGCAACGUUAUCUGACCAUUUCACUCCGAAACGGUUCAAGGAGUUUGAGAGAUACAAGCUUUUCUCAAAUCGUCAAGAGGACGGUGAGUCAGUGAAGGAUUUCGUUGAGCGGUUGUCGGCAAUCAUUUCCCGCUGUGAAUAUGAAGGAGAGUCUGACGUCCGAGCAUGUUCCCUGAUGACAGCGUUCAUCGUAGGCCUCCGGGAUCAGCGCAUCCGCGCGCGACUUGUUCUGGAAAAGACCUUGACAAUGGACACAGCGAUCCGGCUCGCUGAAAGUUUUCUGGCCGCGGAGGCAGAGUCGAAGCAGUUGCAUGCAGAACCCUCUGUGCACAAGGUGACAGUCAAGCCGGAGAGCAAGGAACGAUGUUUCCGGUGUGGAAAUUCAAACCACUCGCAAGAAACGUGCAGAUUCCGCAACGAGGACUGUCACGCCUGUGGCAAAACCGGACACAUCUCGAAAAUGUGUCGUUCAUCCGCUUCACAGGGAACGCGGAAGAAAGGUAAACAUUUUCGGAAGGUGAAGCUUGUGACCGACGUGUUUCUUGCGGACGACCAAGACGGGAAGUUCAUUGCUUGUAGUAUCAAAGACAAGGACGUCAUCAUGCAGGUCGAUACGGGAUCGCGGGCAACACUUCUGGAUGAAAGGACGUUCAAGAGGUUGGGUGAGCCAGAGCUAUACCAAUCUCCGUACCGUCUUCGUGCUUUCAACAAGGACGAGAUACCACUUCGUGGAGCAGCAGAUCUCGAUGUUUCCAUAGGUGGAAGGGUAGAAAAGCUUCAGGCACUCUUUACCCGGAUGGAACAUACCAAUCUGCUUGGAAGGGAUUGGAUACGUGAGCUUGGCAUCGACCUCACCACAUUAUUCGUGGGCAAGAUAUUGACAGCUCCGAAGUUGGAAGUCGUCUUAGGAACGUACUCGGAUCUUUUUCGAAGCCAACUAGGAAGGUGCACCAAGGCUUUAGUCCACCUUCAUCUCAAGAAAGACGCUGAGCCGAAAUUCUUCAAGCCCCGGCCGAUCCCUUUUGCGUCUCGGGAAGCGGUUGAAGCUGACCUCCAACGGCAAGUACAGAAUGGGGUGCUGGAACCUAUCGAGGUGUCGGAAUGGGCCACUCCCAUUGUAGUGGUGCCCAAGCCAAAUGGAGCCGUACGAGUCUGCGGAGACUUCAGCGUCACUGUGAAUCCGCAGAUCGAAAUCGCACAGUACCCGUUACCUAGACCUGAAGAACUUCUGGCGACAUUAAAUGGCGGUGAAAAGUUCACGAAAUUAGACUUGUCCGAAGCAUACCUACAGAUGGAGCUGGACGAAGAAGCUAAGAAAAUCUUGGUGAUCAAUACUCACAAGGGCCUUUUUCAAUUCAAUCGAAUGCCCUUCGGCAUCGCAUCUGCCCCAGCCGUUUUCCAGCGUACCAUGGAACAGGUGAUCGCAGGGAUUCCUUCUGUAGCCUGUUAUCUCGAUGACAUCAUCGUGACUGGCCGAAACGACAAAGAGCAUCUGGAAACCUUAGAGCAAGUUUUGUCACGUCUCCGCGAGUUCGGCUUCACUCUCAAGAGGGAGAAAUGUGCCUUCCUGCAGCGGCAGGUUGAGUAUUUGGGACACGUGGUUACUGCGGAAGGUUUCCGACCAUCACCCAAAAAAGUAUCAGCGAUUCUGAACAUGCCACCGCCAACACAAGUUUCAGAACUGCGCUCAUUUUUGGGGCUGGUACAGCACUACGGAAAGUAUCUGCCGUCUUUGUCCGAUAUUUGUGCUCCACUCAACAGCCUACUCAAGAAGUCGACAUCUUGGCAAUGGUCUGCGUCUUGCGUAGAUGCGUUUGAAACAAUCAAGAGGAAGCUCGCCUCCGCUGAAGUACUCACCCAUUAUGAUCCACGGAAGGACAUAUUUCUGGCAGUGGAUGCUUCUUCGAAAGGUAUUGGGGCCGUCAUCUAUCAUCGCAUCAACGGCGAAGACCGACCGAUUGCGCACGCUUCGAAGACACUGACACCAGCCCAGACAAAAUAUGCUCAAAUAGAACGGGAAGCCCUUGCUAUUAUUUUUGGCGUCCGAAAAUUUCAUCAGUAUUUGUGGGGACGGAAGUUUACACUCUUCACCGACCACAAGCCGUUAACUGUAAUUUUUGGACCCUCAAAGGGCAUUCCCGCGACAACGGCGAGUCGUCUGCAACGGUGGGCCAUCAUUCUAAUGAGCUACGCGUUCGACAUACAGUUUAAAUCGACGACGAACAUCGCAAAUGCAGAUGGCCUGUCUAGGUUGCCCGAAGGCGCCGAUCUGGAGUUCGAUCAGCAAAUGGAAGAAGGUAUUUUCAACGUUGUGGACGAGGAGAUUAAUGCGGUGCAGGAUUUUCGCAUGCACACUCUUCCAGUCAGAGCUAAGCAGAUUGCUGAGGCGACUCUUCAGGAUCGAUACUUGAAGCAAGUAAAAGAGUACAUUGCAAGUGGCUGGCCCGAACGCGUAGAACAGGAGUUGGUUCCGUACUGGCAACGACGAGCUGAACUUACAACACACCGUGAGUGCGUUCUUUGGGGCCUACGCACCGUUAUACCUCAAAAGUAUCGCGCAGCCCUUCUGGAUACGCUCCACGAGUGUCAUCGCAAGAGGUUCCUGUGCCACUUCACCAAUGGGAGCCGCCGGAUAAGCCGUGGUAUCGUCUGCACGCAGAUUUUGCGGAGCUUCAUGGGAAGCAUUAUCUCAUAG